AGUAUAUAAAAUUGUUACAUAUUCCGAUACCGCCAAACAUUCAGUGAAAAAAUCGUGAAAUGUAUUUAAUGCUAACAAUUCUCUGCUUUUUCGGUUCUGUUUCGGCAAGACCAAAUAGAGAAAUUUAUGAGAAAAUUCCUAAAGUAGACGUUGAUGAAGUUUUAACCAGUGAUGCCGUAUUAGAACAUCAUUUCAACUGUAUCAUGGAAAGGAGCGGAUGUCCUGAUUUGAUUGACGAAAUAAAAUUUAUUGUGCCUGAAAUAAUGAAAACUAACUGUGGAAUAUGUACUGAAGAGGAAAAGGAUGUGGUCAGAAGGGUAACAACACAUGUAAGGGAGACCAGACCAGAAAUGUGGGCAGAAUUUUCCGACCGCUUCGACCCAGAGAGAAAAUUCCAAAUAUGAAAUUGACAUUCAUACAAAACCUUCAAUAAAUCUUGAAAAAUUGA